CGCGCGGAGUCCGGAGAAAGCGGGGCGUGCAACGACCGUCUCCCCUCCCCAUCCCCCGCGCGGUUGCCAGGCAACCGACCCCGGAAAUCCCGCGAGGUGCGUUGGCUGCAGGCGCCCGCACGCGGGUAAAAGAUGGCGGAAGGCGGCGAAGCGGAGUCUGCGGAGGAAGAGCGGAGGUCAUCUGGGCCGCGGCCCCCGAGCGCUCGGGAUUUGCAGUUGGCAUUGGCAGAAUUGUAUGAAGAUGAAGUGAAAUGCAAAUCUUCCAAAUCUGAUAGGCCUAAAGCUGCAGUCUUUAAAAGCCCACGAACACCACCUCAGAGGUUUUAUUCAAGUGAACAUGAAUACAGUGGAUUACAUAUAGUUCGACCUUCAACUGGGAAAAUUGUGAAUGAACUUUUCAAAGAGGCGAAGGAACAUGGGGCUAUCCCUCUGCAUGAAGCCACAAGAGCUUCAGGUGAUGACAAAUCUAAGUCAUUUGCAGGUGGAGGCUACAGAUUGGGUAGUUCUUUUUGUAAACAGUCUGAAUACAUCUAUGGAGAAAAUCAGCUGCAAGAUGUUCAGAUUUUGCUUAAAUUGUGGAGGAACGGUUUCAGUUUAGAUGAUGGAGAAUUGAGACCUUACAGUGACCCAACAAAUGCCCAAUUUCUGGAGUCUGUUAAGAGAGGAGAGAUUCCCCCGGAGCUUCAGAGACUGGUUCACGGUGGCCAAGUGAAUUUGGAUAUGGAGGAUCAUCAGGGUCAAGAAUACAUAAAACCCAGACUGAGAUUCAAAGCUUUUAGUGGAGAAGGACAAAAACUUGGAAGCCUUACACCUGAAAUCAUCAGUACACCUUCCUCCCCAGAAGAGGAGGAUAAGUCAAUACUUAAUGCAGUUGUUCUUAUUGAUGAUUCAGUGCCAACAACAAAAAUUCAGAUCAGGCUGGCAGAUGGCAGUCGUUUGAUACAAAGAUUCAAUAGUACACACAGGAUCCUGGAUGUCCGGGACUUUAUUGUACAGUCCCGCCCUGAAUUUGCAACUCUUGACUUUAUUCUUGUGACUUCAUUUCCAAACAAAGAACUAACAGAUGAAAACCUGACGUUACAAGAAGCAGAUAUUCUUAACACUGUGAUACUCCAGCAACUAAAAUAAUAUUGUUCCUAUUCAUGCAGUAACAUGCAGUGAGAGAGAAUGUGCCAUAUGAAUAAGGAAAACACAGCAUAAAAAACCAGGUUUUUUUAAUUAUUUAUACAGAUACAUUUUGAAUUUAUUCUAUCCUCCAGGCUUAGUGAGACUAGAAAUAGGCUUUGAGAUAAAUAUGUUUCAGUUUUUAGGUGUAGGGAUGGCUUACGUUGACAGCUUUUAAAUAUCUGAGUAAACCAAUUUGUUAAACAUGGUCAGCGUUAAUAUAACAAAACUUGCUAGCAAAGAAAAUGAACAAAACCCCAUUUUGAUAAAUGCAUUUUGUAAAAUUUGCACUAAAGUUUCUUGAUGCUGCAUUGAUCAAGAGCUGUUAAGAAAUCUUCUGAUCAAAUAUUUUGAAAUUUGUUCUGUGAUAUAUAUAGAAAAGUAUCUGUAUUCUGAUUUUGAAAUGCUUUAAUCAUUUCUCUUCUUAAGAUAUUAGGCAUCCUUUUUACUUACUGAUUUAACUAUAUUACUGUAUCAAAAAAUACAGUUUGGCCUUGUAUUUUACAGAACUGUGACCAUCAUAAACUAAAACAGGACAUAAAGGUCAGCAAUUCUUGAGAAGAUGUGGUAAACAGCACUUUCAAAUAGAGGAAUUACAAUGCCUCCCAGAGCCUGCCUUGAUCACAUUCAUUUAUUCAUUCAACACAUUUUUCUAGAGGACCCACUCUAUAUGUACUAAACACUGUUCUAAGUGUUCAACUCAGAAUGUAUUCUGCUCCAGGACAAAAUGAGUGUAGCAAUAUAGGAAUGUAAAUUCUGUCAGGCAAAUUGAAUCUGAAGAAUGACCAGCAGAAAUAUUUGCAUUUCUGCUGAAGCCAGGGGUUUCCUGAGUGAGGCAGGCCACAUCAGGAAUGAUAGGAAAGCUUUUUCUUCUUCCCAGACACCACUAAACUCCUGGUUAGUUUUCUAUUGCUGCUACUAUUACUAAUUACUACAAACUUAGUGGCUUAGAAUAGCGCAGAUUUACUAUCUUCUAAUUCUAUAGGUUAAAUGUUCAAUAUGAGUCUCACUGGGCUAAAGUAAGGUGUUGACAAAACUGUAUUCCUUGUCGGAAACUGCAGGAGAAGCAUUUCCUUGCCUUUCCAGCUUCUAGAGGCCACCUGUAUUCCUUGGCCUGUGGCCUCCUGUGUCCAUCUUCAAAGCCAGUGACAUUGUAUCUCUCUGACCCUUCUCUGUUAGCGCAUCUCUGUGAGAACAGCCAGGAAAGGUUCUCUGUUUUCAAAGACUUACGUAAUUACGUUGGCUCCACAAGAUAACCCAGGAUUAUCUCCCCCGUCAUAAGGUCUGUAGUAACCUUAACCACAUCUUUAAAGCCCGUUUGCCAUGUAAAGUAACAUGUAACAGGUUCCUUCUGGAGGCCCCACGGCUGACUCUUGUUAUUUGCCUCUUCCGACUUAUAGAGGCUGCUGGCCGUCCCUUCAUUUAUGGCUGCGUGCAUCCAAUCUCUGCCUCUGCCCUUAAUCUUUUACUACCAAUUUUAAUUCUCUCACUUUUCUCUUACAAGGACCCUUGUGGUUACAUUUGGUUUAUCUGGAUAGUCCAGAAUAAUCUCCUUAUCUCAAAAUGCUUAAUUUAAUCACAUCUGCAAAAUUCACAUGUUUGUGGAUUAGAACAUGAACAUUCUGGGGGACCACUCUGUCUACCACAGUUCACUCCUGCCUCAAAAGAUCACAUCUGUCCCAAAUGAAGUCACCCCAUCCAAAGGUGCUCAAAAGUCUCAAUCCAUUACAGCAUCAACUUAAAAUGCAAAACCUUAUCUAAAUAAAUCUCACCAGCCCAAAUGUCCCAAAUCUCAUUUAAAUCAUCUAAAUCAGGUAUAAUAGAGGAUCCGGUUGUGAUUCCUAGAACACAAUUCCUCUUCACUGGUGAACCUAGAAAACUAGUUAUCUGCUCCCAAAUGUAGUAUCCCAGGCAUAGAAUAAUAGUUACAGACAUUCCUGUUCAAGAAAAAUGGAAAAUGGAAUGAAAACAGUAGUCACCAAUGCCAGGUUCACUGCGUUAGGUUUCAAAGCCUGGGAACAGUCUUCUGUGGCUCAUAGCAUUGUUAGGGUUUCCAAAUUCCUGACAUUUUGGAACCUUUGGCAGUCGAGAAAGGGAAAUUGUAUUUUUCGAGAAUUCCCGAAAUAAUCUUUUUUAUUUAAUUUUCGUUGAUCAUCUGCAAUAAUGGCUGUUAACAGUAAAUAUUAAUAAACAGAAAAGCUGUAGAGAAGGUGGGGCAACUGGGAUUCAUGGCCCUGGCGCAGUCUUUCAGAGGUUUCGAGACACUCUUGUAUGAAAAAGGUCAAUGCAAAACUUGAGCGAAUAAAAUUUCCUAAAUGGAGGUCAACUGGAAUUUCAUGACUAGUGCAUCUCUUUCCCUGAGCGCUAAACAGGGGUCACUACGGUAUCACUUUGGCUAGGUUUCUGUUAUAUUUCAGGUUUUUUCAAAAUACAAACAAUGUAAUUAAUACAAACUUUAUUUAACCAAACCUUGUAGUAUACAGUGAGUUUUUACAUAUAUCACACAAUGUAUUAACA